UUGACAGAAAAAAAGAAAAGAAAAGAAAAGGUUAAGCAGAAUCAUUAGAAAUGGCACGCAAGAGCUUUUGCAUUCUCAGCAUCAUUACUUAUGUUCUUGUAAUCAGCAAAACAAACGUUAAUUGCAUAGAAACUGAUGCAGUUGAUCCUAUUAUUGAUGUUGCUAAUCUGAAUCGGGAUAGUUUCCCACCGGGUUUCAUCUUUGGGGCUGGAUCCUCUUCAUACCAGUUCGAAGGUGCUGCAAAAGAAGGUGGCAGAGGACCAAGUGUGUGGGAUACUUUCACCCAUAAAUUUCCAGAUAAGAUACUGGACAAAAGCAAUGGAGAUGUGGCUAUAGAUACAUAUCACCGUUAUAAGGAAGAUGCUAAAUUUAUGAAGAAUAUGAACUUGGAUUCAUACAGAUUCUCGAUUUCUUGGUCCAGGAUUCUACCAAGUAAGUCAAAUGCUGAACAAUGUCAUCAACGAACUAUUGGCUAAUGGUAUAAAACCACUGGUAACUCUUUUCCAUUGGGAUCUUCCCCAAACUUUAGAAGAUGAAUACGGUGGCUUCCUAAGUCCUCUCAUAAUGUUGGAAAAGCUAUAACAAAAGAUGAUAA